AUGGCUGUGAGCUCCUAUGUGGCUCCGUUGGCCACGGCUGCACGCCCCGUCACCUCAUCAGUCAGCGGCCGGCCUGGACGUCCAGCAGCCACCGCCCGUUUCCCCCUUGCUCCGCUCCACGUUACGUUGCAGCGCCUCAUCAAGAGCGAGCUGCCACCUCAUAUCUCAGCUCAGGGACUCAGUGAAGAGCAGAAAAAGGAACUCAAAGAAUCCAAAACCUUCUUUCAAAAGCUGAAAGAUAUUUUUGAGCGCUUAAGAAAGAAAAGGUUUCUUAAAAGAACCUCGCAGACUAAGAAGAAACACUUAGACGAAGAUAUUGACAGUAAAAGUGAUGAAUCAACUUCUCGGUCAGGUACCCUGGCUGAAUCUUCAACAGCAUCAGCUGCUUCCGUAGAAGUCUUUGAAGAGCCUUUCAAGGAGGGUAAGAAAAAGAAUCGUAAGUCAGCGGAGACUGAAGCACUUUACACUGAUCUUCAAGAGAAGUCCACUGACAUAUGUAGCUGUAGACACAAAGAGUCGGCAGAUGAAACCAAAUCACAGAAGGAUUCUUCUUACUCCGAUUCCAUCGAACAUGAGCAGCCAUCUCUUGGAACGACAUCUGAGUUUGGGUUAUCUGGCCAUACAAAGCUGUCCCCUGAAGAAUCUAUAGCUGGCACAGAGACUGACAUUAUCGAUGAAGAGGGUUCCUCAGAAGAUCAGGAGUCUGAAGUCGAAGAUUCCAAAACCAUCUUUAAAAGGGUGAAAUCUGCAAUAAAUGGUUUAACACAACGCAAGUCACGCAAGAAGACCCAAAAAACCGAUGAUGAUUUCCACACCUCCAGUGAAAGUAAGGGUAAGGAAUCUCCCUCAACAUCAAUUACUUCCACUGAUAUCUACUCUGUCUUUGCAGAGCCAAUUACUGAGGGUGGUAAGGAGGAAGGUAUGUCAGAGGAGAGUGCAGCACUAUCUGCUGAUGCAUCUUCUAAACCUUUUUCCAAAUUAAAAGAACGUCUUAAAAAGAAAUCCGAUUUGACUACAAAAACUGAGGCAAUAGCCGGGGUAGAAGCAUUAGAGAGUUUUUCUGAAUCUGAAGAAUCUGAAGAAGAUGAAGAAUCUGAAGAACAUGAAGAAUCUGAGGAUGAGCUUGUUGCAACAACAUUGAGACGUAAAACCUUCAGGAAAGUAAGUGUGUCACGAGGCAGUUUUUCAGACCAGUCUGAACGCAGAAAUUCCAAAACCUUCUUGGAAAAGGUGAAAUCUGCUAUUGAAGGCUUGACGAAAAAAAAGAAGCGUAGAAAGCCCCAACAGACUGGAGAGAAGCACUUAAAUGAGGAUAGUGUUGGUGAAAAGCGUAAGCGUGAUGAUUCUCAGGCAUCUCUUCAGUCAUAUUCCGGGGCAUCGUCGAAAACAUCUUCUGAGCUGACUGGCACAGAAACCUGCUCUGUCUUUGUAAAGCCAAUCACUGACGGUGAAAAGGAUGAAGAAAGUCUUGAAGAGGAAUCCACUCUCACCGAUUUGAUUCCAAAAAUUGAGUUAACAUGUAAACCCACAUCAGAGAUAGAACCAUUAGAGACUCAUUCUGAAUCCAAAGAACCUGUGGAUAAAUCUGUUGUAACAACAUUGGGGAGUCAAACUGAGGUUGGAAAAGAGGAAUAUAAAUCUGAGAAGACUGAAGCACAUCCCUCUGAGGAAUAUCGUAAACCUUUUUCUAAAUCAAUAGAAAGUCUUGUAGGGGAAUCCAUCGUCACCGAUUUGAUUCGAAAUAUUGAGUCCACAUAUAAAGCAACAGGACAGAUAGGACCAUUAGAGACUCACUACGAACCCAAAGAACCUGUGGAUAAACCUGUCAUAACAACAUUGGGGAGUCAAACUGAGGUUGGAAAAGAGGAAUAUAAAUCAGAGGAGACUGAGACAUGUCCCUCUGAGGCAUAUCCUAAACCUUCUUCCAAAUCAAUGGAAAGUCUUGAAGGGGAAUCCACUGUCACCGAUUUGAUUCCAAAGAUUGAGUCCACCUAUAAAACCACAGGACAGAUAGAACCGUUAGAGACUCAUUACGAACCCAAAGAACCUGUGGAUAAACUUGUUGUAACGACGUUGAGGAGUCAGACUGAGGUUGGAAAAGAGGAAUAUAAAUCAGAGAAGACUGAAACACGUUCCUCUGAGGCAUUUCCUAAACCCUUUUCCAAAUUAACAGAAAGUGUUGAAGUGGAAUCCACUGUCACGGAUUUGAUUAUAAAAGUUGAGUCAACAUAUGAAACCACAGAACAGAUAGAGCCAUUAGAGACUCAACCUGAAUCCAAAAAAAUUGUACAUAAAGAUAUUGGAACAACGUCGAGGAGACAGACUCUGAAGAAAGCAUCUGUGUCACCAGGCAGCUUUUCAUCAUCAGCAGUCGUUAACCUCAAAGAGAAACAGAAACCCAAUGAAGACCAAGAGUCUGAACGCAAAAUAUACCAUACGUUCUAUGAAAAGCUAAAAUCUGCGUUUAAGAUCAUAACAAAACCAAAAUUACAACAAAAGACCCAACAGAGUGGAGAGAAGCAUUUAGAUAAGCAUAGAGUUGGCAAAAGCAGUGAAUGCGAUGUUUCUAAGCCGUCUUUUCAGACUGGUUCCAGGGCAAAGUCUCCAACACCAUUGGCUGUUUCCACCAAAAUCUCCUAUGCCUAUGUAGAGCAGAUCACUGAGGGUGGAAAAGAGAAACGCCAGUCAGUGAAGACUGAAACACGUCUCUCUGACGCUUCUCCUAAACCAUUUUCCAAAUUAACAGGAGGUCAUGAAAAGAAAUCAAUUGUUAAUGAUUUGAUUGCAACAUGUGAAACCACAGCACAGGAAAAAGCUUCAGGGACUCAUUCCAAAUCAGAACCUGAGGAUAAACCUGUUGUAGCGACGUUGAGCCGUGAGACUCCCCAUAAAUCAGUGAAGAUCAAAAUACUGGAUGAACAGGCAUCUGAACAUUUGACCCAUCCACGUGUCGAAGAGCCAAAUGAACCUUCAGCAGUUACAACAGAAUCGGACUUUAGUUCAAAGAGUGAGACACAAAACGAAGAGGAGAUCCAGCGAGGCAUUGCAUAUGUGAGGAAGGUGGCAAGGUGCAUGUCUUCAAUAGACUCCUCUGAAUUCACUCACACUGCAUGUGACCUGAUAGUAUCCAAAAUCCAAGAUCUAAAUCUGGACUCAUCUGAUCAGAGAGACAAUAAAUGGGGAUCAAACAAGACCAAAACACACACCAACAUCAAAGACCUGAAAUCAGAGCAGGCCCAGGCAGUGGGUAAGUCAGAGUUUUCUUCCACAUCCUCAAGCGAGCAUACUGAUGAGAAGCAUAUUCAAAUAAAGUUGGAUGUUCAGAAAAAAUUAGCAUCGAUACCGUCAGAGCAUCUGGCUGACUUAAAACGAUCGGUUAUUGCUACCAUUAUGGGGGUCUUUGAUUUCAUCGCCAAAAACCCUACAGAAUACAUUCCAGAUGCAGCAAAAAUAGACACCAUAACAAACACACUCAUUACUAGUGUAGAAUGCAUCUUUGGAGGCCCAGAAAUGCAAUCUACAGGUUCCACAGGUGGAGCAGCAAAAUAUCCUGAAUUGGCCAUUCCCAGUGAAACCAGUUCCACCAAAAGCUGUUGCUCCAGAUGCAAAGAGGAAGGUUCAGGUCUGAGUUCUUAA